AUGGCUAAGAAGAUUGAAAACUCCAAGAAAAAGAAAUUGUCUGCGCUUGUCGUGGAUGAUGAUGGCGUCUGCAGAAUAAUUCAUGUUGCAUACCUUAGAAGGCAUGGUUUUGAAACCUAUGCUGUGGAAAAUGGUAGAGAAGCAGUGGAUCUUAUUCGUUCUGGGGAACAGUUUGAUGUUGUUUUUAUGGAUUUGGUGAUGCCAGUUUUGGAUGGUAUUCAGGCUACUAGGGAAUUGCGUGCAAUGGGAGUGAAAACCAUGAUUGUUGGAAUAGACUGCGAUCUAGGCUAUCUCGGUGAACAUCCUAUAAUUGCUGGUAUGGAUCGUGUUUAUGAGAAGCCCAUGACACAGGAGAUCGUCAUAUCUGUUCGUCAAGCGCUUCUAAACAACUACAAUAUUUAG